UCUUCCUCCUCUCCAACACGACAAAGCAGUUGCCUUCAUUUUUAGCCAAAACCAAACCCUCUCCAACUCUCCCUGCUCCUCCUCAAAUUCCAGUUACGUCAUUCCUUUUGGUGAAUGCAUAAAUUCUCCCAACUGUUUCAUCUUUUCUUUUCCUCACUUUAAAACCAUAAUCAACUUUCUCACUUAUUCCCAUUUAAGACCAAGAUCGGCUUUCUUUCCCUAAACGCAAUCUUCUGUCCCAGCUCAGAUAUCUCCCCCUAUAUCGAUGCUGAAAGAGAGAGAGUUUAUGUAAAUGGUUACUGAAAUGAAGACGACGAUGACGAAGAGCGUGAAUGCGGUGGUAGCAGUCACGUUGGCGCUGCUAACGUGCGCGCCUUGGUGCAUUUACUCACAGCAGCCGCACCAGCUUAUGGUGAACAUGACCACCGUCCGAAAUGCCCCCGCUCUCGGCGCUUUUUGCUUGGAUGGGAGUUUGCCUGCGUAUCAUAUUCACAGAGGCUUCGGCGCCGGAGCAAGAAACUGGCUUUUACAGUUUGAGGGUGGAGGGUGGUGUAAUGAUAUAGACUCUUGCUUGGAGAGGGCGAAAACAAGAAGAGGUUCUACACACCUUAUGAGCAAGUGGGAGGUCUUUUCUGGGAUUCUAAGUAAUAAUGCUUCUCUUAAUCCAGAUUUUUACAAUUGGAACCGUGUGAAGAUUCGAUAUUGUGAUGGAGCUUCAUUUGCCGGAGACGCAGUGUAUAAGAAUGGGACAACGUUGCUCUAUUUCAGAGGGCAAAAGAUUUGGGAAGCCAUCAUUCUUGAUCUUCUGCCUAAAGGUUUAGGAAAGGCACGUAAGGCUUUGUUAUCAGGUUGCUCUGCUGGGGGUUUAGCAGCAUUUUUACAUUGUGACGACUUCACUAAGUAUGUACCAAGUAAUGCCAGUGUAAAAUGCUUGAGUGAUGCUGGAUUCUUUCUUGAUGAAAGAGACAUAGGUUUGAAUCACACAAUGAGGUCUUUCUAUAAAGACCUUGUCUCUCUACAGGGUGUAGAAAAGAAUCUGGAUAAGAACUGCACCGGAUCCCUUCCUUUUCCUGAGUUGUGUAUUUUCCCACAGUAUGCAUUGAGAUUCAUCACACCGCCUUUUUUCAUCUUGAACUCGGCUUAUGAUGUUUACCAGUUCCAUCAUGGAUUGGUGCCAUCUUCAGCUGAUCCACGCGGACACUGGAACCGUUGCAAACUGGAUCCGGCAGCAUGCAAUCCUGCUCAGUUAGAUGUAUUGCAAGGUUUCAGGCGCGACAUGCUUGUUGCUUUGGCAUUGUUCUACAAGUACUCGGCAAGAGGGGGGAUGUACAUCAACUCAUGCUUUGCUCACUGCCAAAGUGAGUCCCAGGACACAUGGUUUGGGGUUGAUUCUCCAAGAAUACACAACAAGACCAUUGCAGAAGCUGUAGGUGACUGGUAUUUUAGCAGAAGGAUAACUAAUAAGGAAGUUGACUGUGCAUACCCUUGUGACACUACCUGCCAUAACCUUAUACCAGCAAACACAAGCUCAGGUCUUGUAGAAGAUCUCAAUUAAGAGAGAAGCUUUUUAAUUGGCAGCUUUGCAAGGAAACGGCAUGGUUAAAAUUUUAAUGAAAGAUGAAUAGAGAAUACACAUACAAGUGGAUACAUAGCUUAUGCUAGAAAGAAGGAAUACAAAAGCAAACAUUUUGCACAUCUA